AUGUUUAAGCUUAAACCGUACCCCUUACUCUUACUCUCUUUCUACGCACCACCUAAACGCGACCACCACCACCACCACCACCAUCUCCCCCUCUAUCACUGUAAACUGAAGACGUCGCUGCCUUCUUCGUAUACCCUCUGUCGCAGACCGGAAGUAAGUGUAAACAUUUAUUACCACUCACCGUCGUCUCGACCUUCUGCUAACGACCGGAAGCCAACGUGUUUUUCGCCCAUAGACAUCUUAAUCGAAGACAAUACAAAAAGUGAUAGUGACGAGAAGCAAAAAGAGACAGCCCAUGACGGCCAUGGACUGUUGCUUUCUUGUCACCGCCCUCCAGUUGAAGGGGAGUUGGCGUCCAUCUUGGCUUGUCCAGAAGGAAUAUUUUAUACCGCUCAAUCCGUAUGGGUAGAUUGCUUAAGAAACAGGUUCGGAUCAACAACCCAACUGAGGGCUUACCUUUCUUUACAACAAGGCCUAUUUGACAAGGAAAAAAACCCUGCUAAUCCUCAUUCAGUCAGUCCCCGUAGUGCCUAUUUUGGGUUAACAUCAUCUUCAUCGUCAUUGAAUUCAGAUGAUACGGCGAAGCCCUCCCUUUCCGUUUCAGCUGAUUCUUCUUCUGCACCAAAAGCUCGAUUCGUUGCUCGUCGAACCGAAUCCGUUUCAGUUCGACCACUCGAACGUCCUCUACUGGAGUAUAUGAGCCUUCCUGCAAGCCAAUACUCUGUUCUGGAUGCUCAAAGAAUCGAAAGGAUAGAUGACAAGACUUUCAGGUGUUAUGUGUACAAAUUCAAGUUCUUUGCUUUUGAGGUUUGCCCUGUUUUGUUAGUUCGAGUUGAAGAACAACCUAAUGGCUGUUCUAUUAACCUCUUGUCCUGUAAGCUUGAGGGGUCACCGAUCGUGGUUGCACAAAAUAAUAAAUUUGAAGGAGUCCAUUGACACUGGUUUCGUAUGGGCAUGCAGCUUCUAUGGUGAAUCAAAUAUCAUGUGAUACGAACAACCAGAGCAAUUCAUCCUUGCAAAAACUCACAUCCGACACUGUUAUCGAGGUUAGCAUUGAGAUUCCAUUCCCUUUCCAAGCAAUUCCAAUUGGAACUAUUGAAUCAAGUGGCACUCAAGUCCUUGAGCAGAUACUCAAGAUCAUGCUUCCCCGCUUCAUGGCACAGUUGGUGAAAGAUUAUAAAGCAUGGGCUUCUGGUGACACCUCCAGACAGCCUCUUGGAAAUGGUGGGAUCUGAUACGAAGAUCACCUUUUAUAUAGGACUGUAUUUGAUUGUUUUAUCGUUUAAGAACUUCAACAUGUUUAGCGAUAUCAAAACUCUUAAUUCUUUUAGCAUUUUUAUUGAACUUAGUUAUGGAUUUGUUAUUGUUGUUUUAAUUGUAUUAACUUUGUUUUUAAAAGUUAUGAUCGGUAUUCGGUAAGGGUAUUACUCGUCA